AUGAUGUCACCUUUUAGAUCUUUGUACCAAGGUGUAAGAAAUAAAACCGACAAAAGAGUGUUCAGGAGAAGAUUUGAUUAUGAUGCUCAAGAUAAAGGACAUCAAAUACUCUGUGAAGGAAUAUUUGAUUGUUACAUAACUUUUCUGGCUAUAGAAUCUUCAGAAGCUAUUCCUGUACUAUUGCGAGGUGGUGCCGGUUACAGACAUUUCAGUGCUGUAGUGAAAGCCAGGCCUGGCAGGGAACUUAAAGGGCAGGUUCGUGCUUAUUGCAAAAACGAUGACAGUGAAGAAAGUCUUCUUCAACGUUCAGUGAGGCGUUCAAUGAAGUUUAAAAAAUCUUUAAUUGAGCAGGAUGUGAGUAGGAAUUGA